UCUCUCCCUCUCUCUUUCUUUUUUUUCCAUCCCUCCCGCCUUCAGUGCAAACCCACAACGUAGGAUCCUGCCGAGGGAAAGGGCUCCCUGAAAUCAUCACCACAGACCCUGCUGCUAAAAGUGCAGAGGAGGAGAGAGAGAAAGCCUCUGUAGCCAACCUCCUGCAGCUGAGGACUUAAUAGCCAGGCAAUGGCUUCAGGGUCUCAGAGAAUAUCUCUCACCUUUGUCCAGGGCAUGGGAUCUGUCUUCUUCAUCCUUCAGAUCAUCUCUGUUCAGGCUGAUGGGAAGGUGUUUGCGCUUGAGUCCAAGAACAACUCUCAGGGUCUGGUCCUAGCUGAGGCUGAGCAAGCAUGUGUUGACCUGGGUGCUCGCUUAGCAAUUGCAGAAGAACUGAAAAGGGCUGUUCUGGACUGUUCUUUUGCUGGCUGCACCACAGGAUGGCUGGCUGAUGGCUCCACUGGGACAAUUAUAUGCAGAAAGACGGGCAGCAAACAGCAGAGCGUGAAAGCCAUUGAUGUUAAAAUUGAAACCGAUCCCUUUGUGAAUGACCAAUAUGAUGCUUUUUGUGUAAAGGAUCAAGACAAACCAUGUGGGGACCCACCAUCCUUCCCUCACACCAUCUUGCAUGGUCACACUGGCUUUGAAAUGGGGGACGAGCUUCUGUAUGUCUGCACGCAGGGGUACAUCAUGAGCAACAAGGAAAGUGCUUUCACGCUGCUCUGUGACAGCUGUGGGGAAUGGUACGGCCAAGUUCAGGCCUGUGUCAAAGAUGAGACUGAGGCGCACAUUGACUAUGAAGAUAAUUUUCCUGAUGACAGAUCAAUACCUAUUGUUGAGAACGAACAUGGCAAUGGCAAAGAGGAAACUGAGCAGGAACAAGAACAACUUUCCUUCACUGAAAGUACAGAGGAUGGAAGAACUGGAAGCAUGAAAGAUGUUACUAAGGACAUAGAUUCUCCUGAAAAAGGAAGCAAGGCACCAACUGAAUCCCCUAUCUCACUCCUGAGCCAAAAAAACUUGUUUUGGUUUCCAUCACAGGCUUUUAGUGAGCCUGAAUCAGAGAAAGAAACAGACGAUUCCACUAAAGCACAGUUUUCUGAGGGUGAUAACCACAUUGGGGUGAAGACAGUCUAUGAUGAACCUAGUGCCAAAAUGUUUUAUGACAGUGAGGAUUUCCCCAUUGGGCCCAUUCUCACAACCAAUGAUACAAAGGCAGAGAUAGAUACAGUUGCCAUUACGGACGAGUCGUGGUUAGAUGGUUAUCCAGUAACGCAAGAAGUGGUAGAAGAUGAUGAAGAGGAGGGGGAUAAAGUUGAUGGAUCAAUGGGAACAGAAGAAGACAUCAUCCUCACAACGGACCAACCAAAUCACGUUGAAGUUAGAAAAUCAGGCAAUGGUAGCCCAGCCCCAGAGGAAGGUUUAACAGAGAUUGUGGCAGUGACAACGUGGACAGAUGAUGGGGCCAAAGAGACACCAGUACCACUUACAUCAGUGAGUGGUCUGGAGAACCUAAGUAUGAGCAGAGGUUAUGACGACACCAUGCGGGACCACCCAACUACAUCUCUGGAACUCGCGACUCAGGAGCCUGGUACGACAGUGCUGUUUGAUGUUACCAGCCUAAAGACAUCCAUGUCAGAAACCUCUGUGGUGAUCAGCCCCUUUGAUCACACUCCAUAUGCAGAAGCAAAAGAAACAAUGGCCUACCCAGCUCAAGUAGCAACCACUGCACCAGCUCCAAGUAUCUUUACUGACACAUCAUCCCAGGAAUUAGUUGAACAAGAAAAUCUCACCCAAGGUCUUGGGGAAAAGCUUUUCCCCACUUCUGAACCAUGUGAGGGAGAGGAUUGUCCCAAGUCAAGUAAAGGUGCUAUCAUAGCAGUAAUUGUGAUUCUUCUGUGCUUGUUACUGGCUGCAGCUGUACUGGCUGUGUGGUUUUUCAAAAAACGGCAGCAAAAAAAUUCUGUCUAUAAACUGAAUGGAAGGUGUCAACCCAGACAUCAUUGCUACCACCACUACCACCAACAACACAUUGAAAUGCAGAAAGUCUAAACUGGAGUGUUUUGGGAGAGAUACUAGAAAUCAGAAGAAAAAUGUAUUGACGCUAGAAGGAUCACAUGACUCAUGGAUACUAAAAUCCAGCAGUGCAGAAAGCAGAAGAAAAAACACCCUAAAAGAACAUAGAAGACAGAAGAGAUUUCAGCUUUUUGAAAUCACAGUUUAGCAUAUCUGACCUUUCAGAGCUAAAGAAUCUGUAUGUUUUUGUCACAAGGGUCUUUUGGAGACAUCAGCAGGACACAAUGUGCUUAGUAGUACAUCUGCAGUUUGUUCCGCUUUUACAUUUUGCUCCUAUUAAUAAUAAAUUAAUUGAUUAAUUUCUGUGUUACCUGGUUAUAAUCUAAUGGCAGGGCUGGUCAGGCCUUUUUGGUCUAUUCUCAGUGGAAUAGGGAAAGAAGGAGGGAAGGACAGGAGAAAGAUGUUUUUUGAGCAACCACACAUUUGCUGUUUGUUCCUUCUUUUAGAAUCCAACCAAACUGGUCAGGAUAAACCACAGUAACAAAUUAUUACCUGAUGUGUCUUAAAAAGAAAAACUAUUUGCUACCAUAGUUUAAUGGGUAGUAUUGCAAUGAUUACUAAGGUACUUUUUUUCAAUGUCGUAAAAUUAACAAGCCAAAAAUGUUGGGUCAUUAUGGUAUUUUUCUGGAAGGUGUUCUUUUAGCCUUAGCAAAGAAGUGCCAUUCUUAUAUUAAUCUUUUUAUAGAAGUCAUGAUGUCUCCCUGGAGUUCAGAGUACUGUAAGUGCCAUCCUUCCUUUAAUAUUAGCAAGAGAGGAGUCAGAACACCCUCAAUCUCAGGUGUUAUGAUGAAUAGCCUCUUAUUAAAGAGCCAGACAAUGAUGAAGCACUUUGCAACCCUAUCUGAAGUCAGUUGCCUUUCUGAACAUAGGUGCUCCCUCUUGAUAUCAACUGAACACGAUGCUGAAUUUCAUUUCACAGCCAGUAAAUACCUUUGGGCAACUGAAGCCAUGUAAAGUAUUUCUGCCAUAUGAACUCUGUGGAGUGACCGAUUUUCACCAUCUUGUUCUUUCAUCAGUUGAAGGGAUG